AUGUUGUGGAAAAGUAGGGAAAAGUUUUUCAACAAUUUAGGAACUGACAUUAAACAAAAUCCAAAGCGUUUCUGGUCGGUUUUGAAAAGAAGCUCAAAGACAAGAAACAUCCCUGACAUUAUUUCAUCCACAAACAACGUCAACACACCUGGUGCAAAUACAGCACAACGAACGGCGGCCGAUAAUCCAGAUGGUAUAGCAAACAUGUUCAACCACUACUUUGCGUCAGUAUUUUCAACAAAGAAAGCUAACGAGGAAGACGUCAUUGAGUCUGACGAGCCAAUCAUGACUGAUCUAACAUUUAGUGAAGAAGAAGUUUCUUAUGUGUUGAGAUCACUUGAUUCAAGCAAAGCAACAGGUCCUGAUGGUAUUCCUGCAAGACUACUGAGGGAAACAGCAGAUGUGAUAACACCUUCCCUGUGCAAGCUGUUCAAUAUAUCAGUUAUUUCAGGAACAAUACCAGAUGAAUGGAAAUUGGCUAAUAUUGUGCCCGUGCACAAGAAAGGUGACAAAGAGUAUGCUGAGAACUAUCGCCCAAUUUCCCUAUUAUGUAUUACAUCGAAAGUUCUGGAACGCUGUGUCCUAAACAACAUAAAAACUCGUUUGUAUGAUGCAGUUAACAUGUGUCAACAUGGGUUCAUGGCCGGGAGAUCUUGCAUAACAAACCUCAUCGACACUCUUGACUACGUUGGAUCGUGUUUAGACAGUGGAGGACAUAUAGACAUCAUUUAUAUGGAUAUGUCAAAGGCAUUCGACAAGGUCGAUCAUGAUGUAUUAAUACGAAAGCUGCAGAAAGACUAUGGUUUUGGAGGUAAUCUCCUCAGAUGGUUCCGUUGCUAUCUAGAAAAUUGUAAACAACGUGUUACAGUGUUAGGAGCAACGUCAGACCUACUUCCUGUCACGUCUGGUGUACCGCAAGGUUCAAUACUUGGUCCAGCAUUGUUCCUCCUCUACGUCAAUGAUCUGCCAAGCAAUGUGAAGUCAAGUCGUGUUGCAAUGUUUGCGGACGAUACCAAAGUCUUCAAGGCAAUACAAUCGCCCAAUGAUGCAAUAAA